AUGGCCUCUGAGUACUUACUCCCUAUUUUUAUUAAAGGUUGUGAUCAUUCGAGGACACGGCCCAGAGUUCCCGAUGUUAGCACAACAGAGACGAAUAAAGAUGGGAAAAGUGGAGGUCAGGGUUCUGCCUCUUCUUCCAAAAGUACCGACACGGUACGUCAAGAAGAUCUCCACAAAAUGAAAGAAGAAAUAAAGGAUGAAUUGCGCAACAUUCGUGAGAAUUUGGCGUCAGAGAGAAAACAAGACAGAGACCAAUUGCUUUUGCUUCAGCGAGAACAUAAACAUUUGCAAAAUGAUUUUGAAAGACUCCGAAGUCAGAAGAGUGAAUUGUCAUCCCGUUUGGAUGAUUUGAUAAGUUCGGUAGACAGUUUGAAGAGCAAACUGGAAGAAAAGGAACGUGAAUAUCAGGAGCUGAAAAGAAUAAAUGAUGGGCUGAAAGGAGACUUGAUGAGACAAAAUAAGAGUAACUCCAGAUCCAUACAAAAGAAGGACAGGGAGAAAGAAGAAAUGGAGAGAAGAUUAGAAAAGAAAGAGGAUGAAUAUAAAUUAUUACAAGCCAUGAUGGAAACAUUAAAAACUGACCACGAGGAAAGACUUCACAGACUAAAAGUCGUGAAUAAAGAAAAGGUUAGGGUAGACGGGGAGUACAAAAACGUACUGUCGGAGAAAAAAGACCUGGAAUCUAAGUACCAAGCCCUGAACCAGCAAGUAAAGGAAGCACAAGUGAAACAUACAGAGGAAGUGAUGCAACUCCGAGGUGAUGUCAAGGAUAGUAUGCUGAGGAUUGAGGAGUUAGAGAAAGACAAAAACGAAUUAUCACAACAGCUGUCAGAGUCUGAAAAAGAAAACGAAGAACUGAAAAGGGAGAAUAAGAAACUAGAAGAGGAUCUACGCCGUACUGAAGAUGAUAAGGACCUUCUGCAAACGAGGCUUCGUCAGUCUGACCUUCAGAAGUACACAGUUCCUCCGUUCUCUUCAGUCGCUAGGCAUUCAAAUUAUCCUCCGCACACAAGAGCUCCACCAAAGCCUCUAUGGAGGUUGGGUGCACGUGGUAAACAUCAGUAACAAAUGAAAAC